AUGCCAGGAUGCUAUGAGAACAUAAUAAAAAAUCCAAAACUUGUUCCUGGUGGUGGUGCUACAGAGAUGAUCGUGUCAGCUGAUCUGAAACAGAAGAGUUCUUCUAUUGAAGGCAUAAAGAAGUGGCCAUAUGAAGCGACUGUCAUUGUUUUUGAAGCUAUUCCACAUACUCUGGUACAAAAUUGUGGAGUAAAUGUCAUCCGGACAAUGACUGCACUACAAGGAAAACAUGCAAAUGGAGAAAAUGCAUGGAUUGGUAUAAAUGGAAAUAAUGGUGUCAUCGCUGACAUGAAAGAGCACAAGGUACUUUAUUUUUAUCUUACUUAUCUAGUUCUAACUGAUGCAAAUGUGAACUGUUCCAACUGUUGA